CUGAGUACGUGCCCGGUUGCAUGGUUUGUGCUUCCACUGUUUUCUAUGUUGUCGCGUAUUAUUCACCUUCUUAUGGGUGUUAUCUCGUGUUUAAGGAGCUUUGGAGCGUGGCACGGCUUGAAUGUGGCGUGCGACAACAGUUAGCCCAGUGAAAAAGAUGUGAUAGGCAGACAGGCUAACGACUUGUGAACAAGCUGCUAGCUACUUUUAGCUUGUUAAGCUCAGCUGGAAAAGUCCGGUUCUGCCAAAUAUGGUUAGAAGAAUCACUAGUUAGCAGCAAGGUUACUGCUGUUUUUGGUGUUUUAGUGCUGUUCUGAGGAGAUACUUGACUCGGACAGUUAAAUCUUAACGUUUUCAUCUAGCAACACGGGGCGAGAGUGGUGGUGACCGUCCUUGACUGCUGUGUCCGCGUGGAUCUCACUUGACUGUGAAACAUCUGUCGAGUACUGACAGGAGUCAGUAUGUGCGCUCCCUAACAGCUGCACUACGCAGGACCCUCAGUAACUCUAACCGGACCUUUGUGAAGUUUUUGGUUGUAGGUUCAUUUAAUAAGGAUGGCUCGCCGUUCGGUGCUGUGCCACGGGAGUCGAGCCAUCAGCCUGCUGUAUGGAAACACUCUUCGCCCCCUCCACGCUUCAGUAUGCAGCGCAUCACCACAACCGAAAGCUGGGUUCAGACCAGAAAAGGUAGCAGUGGUCACAAAGACUACGCGGUAUGAGUUUGAACAGCAGCGGUAUCGCUAUGCAGGAGUUUCUGAAGAAGAUCUAAAGCAGUUGCUUGCUAUGAAGGGCUCCAGCUACAAUGGCCUGCUGGAAAGACACAACAUCCACACUAGCAAUGUGGAACACAUUGUGAAGAGCCUGCAGAGAGAAGGCAUUACUGUACAAGUGGUAAAAAGAGGAGAAUACAAUGAAGAUGUAGUGCGGUGGGCAGAUACCAUUAUCUCUGCUGGAGGUGAUGGAACAAUGCUACUUGUGGCCAGUAAGGUUUUUAGCAAAGACAAACCAGUCGUUGGAGUUAACACAGACCCUGAAAGGUCAGAAGGUCAUCUGUGCCUGCCUGUGCGAUACACUCGUGCCUUCCCAGAGGCACUGGAGAAGCUGUGCCGUGGUGAGUUCAGGUGGCUGUGGCGUCAGAGGAUCCGUCUGCACUUAGAGGGCACAGGAAUAAAUCCCAAUCCAGUGGACCUCCACGAACAGCAGCUCAGCCUGGAGCAGCACAACCAAGCUCACCGCUUCACCUCCAUGGACAACUUAAACAGGACAGGAACACUACAUGAGACCUUCUACAAGCCUAGCCUUCUGCCUGUUAGAAGCUUAAAUGAAAUCUUCAUUGGAGAAUCUCUGUCUUCCAGGGUGAAGUUAAAAUCCUUCAAACCCCAUGUUAACCUCUUGCUCCAUAGGGCUUCCUACUACGAGAUCUCCGUGGAUGAUGGCCCAUGGGAAAAACAGAAGAGUUCUGGACUGAACAUUUGCACAGGAACAGGAUCCAAAGCCUGGUCAUACAACAUCAAUAAACUUGCUGAGCAAGCAGUGGAAGAAGUUCUAAAAAUUGGAAAAUCCCAGUCAGGUCUGGAUAUCCCACUUAACCAAGAAUUAAUUGAAAAAGUUACAGAGGAAUACAACAAGUCUCUGGUGUUCAGCCCAGAUGACAGCCGUUUGUUCUACAGCGUCAGGGAGCCCAUCGUGAACAGGGUCUUCUCCAGCAGUCGACAGAGAGGCUUUGCCACAAAGUUGUGUGUCCGUUCUCGCUGUUGGGAUGCUUGCAUGGUGGUGGAUGGUGGGACUUCCUUUGAAUUCAACGAUGGUGCUAUCGCUACAAUCAGCAUGAGCGAGGAGGACCAGCUCCGGACUGUUGUGUUAGAAAACUGAGACAAGUCUGAAUAUCUCUCAAACUAACAGUGUUCACAAGUGGAUGUGUUCAAAGGGAAGUAUUUGUCCUUUGCUUUUGUUUUAUUAUACAUAUUUUUCCAAAAAAAAAAAAAUCCCAUUUACACUUUUUCAUUUUUAAUAUUUGUCACUAUUCCAAGCUACAAAGAUGAUGAUCCAUUAUUUAGAUACCGUUUCUGAUUAUAUUUACAGUAUAUCAGCACAAGCCUUAAAGUGAGCAGUGAAACUAAGGCCAAGAUGAAAGAAUGUAAAAACUCUUUGUAGACCUGAAGUCAUUUGGAAACGUCAGACAUAAAAGCUACACCGAUCCAGCAGACUGUUUGUGAAUAUUGCCCCACACUGAAACAGGACAAAGAUUUUGAUGUGGUUUCACACUACUGAGUGAGCUUUAAGAAUCAAUUUUUCAAACUGAUUAGUAACUUACUGCACCACCAUCUGGCUCUGUGAUGCGUUCCUGUUACAUGUGAUGCGCAGUGCUAAGAGGACUGUGGAAGCAAAGCCCCCUGCUGGUCAAACUGUGACAGGGUUUGUAACACCCCACCAAAACAAAACAGUUAUGUUAACACUGGACAUAUGUACUGGAUGGCACAACUAGCAUGGAAGUUCUUUUCUGUUCCUACAGACCACUCAAAGCACUCCAUUUUAAAUAUAUAUAUUUGGAUAUGUUGUGUUAAGUUAUUAUCAGCCAAUACUAUAAGCUAGCCAACUGUCUUCAGUGGUGGAUUAAUCCACAUUUCCUACUCAUCCUACUAUCUACUAUCCUAUAAAUUGAGGGGGAAAUAAUCUACAGGAUGUCUUGAUGGUAAUGAAAGAACAUUCACUAAUGCAUUUAACCUAAGUUUGUGGCCAAUUGUGGGAUAUGCUACAUCUGGCUUUGGUACAGUAUUUAUUACCAGGAGACAUUUUCUGUUGGUUUCAGGGCCUCGUUAACACUAGAGAAAAAUCUAGAUUCAUCAAUCCUGAUGUUUCCAAGCAUAUAUUCACUUGCGCUGUAAGUUUUAUAAUUGUAAAUGUAUGCAGAGGACUUGAAGCACAGCGGCUUGCCGAGUAAAGAUAUUUUUGGAAUAUAGUGUCUAUUUUUUCUAGCUGUCUGAGCCACACAGAACGGUAUGUUUUAGAGAAAAAAAAUGUAGUGCAGCAAAGAGAACUACCAUGUUUAAAGGGUUUUUUCCCCUCUGGUAGAGUUAAAGGGGCUGUUUCUUGACACCUCCCAAGACAGGAAACUGAAGGACUACUGAAUCAGUUUUGUCUGUGGUGGGCAUAGCUAAAGUUAUAGGUGAAACAGUAUCUGAUGGAUACAAAGUUAUUUUUAACCCAACAAAUCCAAGAGACUUGGAGCCAGGUCAGGUUCUUGCAAAAACCAUGUUUUGUUUGAAAAGUUAUCUGGAAAGUGUAACAUGCACCAUGCCAAAGGCAAAUUUCCCUAUGGAAACACACUCUGUUGGAAUGUGUUUUGUUUUGGAACUUGAUAAAGUGAUAUGAAAUACAA